AUGGAAAAGCGUUUGGCAAAAGACCUGAUACUUGCUCGCAAAUCUGUCAAACAGAAAUAUGACAGUUUGAAGCAGGAUAUGGCGGUUACAGAACGCAUGGUAGAGCAACACUUUAAACCCAUUACCCAACCGCUAAAACAACUAUUGACAGUUACUAAGUUAGAUACCGUCAAAACAGAACUACCAAGUGUCAAACGUCAAUCACCAAUAUUUGCCCAACAAACUCCGAGAACUUCCACUCCCCAAAAGGUGGCAAGAAACCUUUUUUCUAUCGAUGAACCCAGUGUUUUGCAUGAGCCUAGCAUUUUAGAAGAUAGCGAAUAUGGAGAUCCCACUCCAGAAGACGAUAUUGAUGUACCGACACUUGACGACUUGCGCGAGGAAUUGUCCCACGUAGGAACGAAUCCUGCAUUUGAAGAAUUUCUCGAUCAAUACCACGGUUUGCCAAAGAUAUAUGUAGAGGGAAUAUUUAGGGACACGAAUAACGAGUAUGACCAUAAGUAUGGCGUCCGCUAUGAACCAACAUUAAACAAAUUUUUCGUGGGUGAUUCGGAAUUAGAUUUUGCUAAGGAAGAUAUUGUGAUUGUGUCUUCUAAUGGAGAACGCUUCACAUACAAGGGAACUCCAGGAUUAUUCGAACUACUCUUUAAAAGAAAUCCCAUUGGCUUUAAAUCUGCAGAUUCUAAAGCUUAUCGUGAUAUUAUAAUACGCACUAGUGCAGCACGUCGACAUUAUGAUGCCAAAGCUCAAAUCCAAGGAAACGGUCAACCAAAGUAUGUUCAAAUUAUUAAACCACUGUUGCAAGGAUCAAGUUCAUCAAGCGGAUUCUCGUCAUCACAUCUAGGUCCAACACUCAGACAGCGCGCUCUAACCCUUUCUACGAAACGGGGAGGUACUUUAUCAACUCUACAGCUUAACAAUAAAAAAAUAGAAUUUGUUCCUUGGAAUGAUCCAAACAAGUUAGUGAAUUGGUUAAGGGUGUUAUUAGGAUCUAAGUCUGCCGGGAACACGGCAAAUCAUAAUGAAAUAAUUUACAUAACUGAAGAGUUGCGUAAUUCUGGUAUAAUACAAUGAGAAGGUAUAUUUAUUUAUCAGUAAGACC